AUGGGCUGGACUGUGUGUAAUGCCACCGAGGAGCAUGAAAAGAUCUCCGAAACCGCCCUCUGGGAUGGCGGCGUCACAUUUCACAACCUGAGCUUGAUCGUGGGUGGUGUAUGCGCCUUGCUCGCAUGCAUCGUCUCCAUCAUCCUGAUCAUGGCUCAUGCCAUGCACUACAGCAAAGCUAUCGAGCAGCGCCAUAUUAUCCGAAUCCUAUGGAUGGUUCCUAUAUACUCGAUCGUCGCGUGGCUCAGCAUCCUAUUCUAUAACGAUUCCGUCUACUUCGAGGUUAUGGGAGAUUGUUACGAGGCUUUCGCGAUUGCCUCCUUCUUCUCCCUCUUGUGCUCCUACAUCGCUCCUGACCUGCAUAGCCAGAAGGACUACUUCCGGGGGAUUCAGCCUAAGCCGUGGCUCUGGCCGUUGAGUUGGUUUCAGAAGUGGACAUGCUGUGGCGCAAAUCGUGGGGCGUGGCGGAACCCGCGUAGCGGCUUGACGUGGUUCAAUGUGAUCUGGGCCGGUGUAUUUCAGUACUGUUUGAUGCGCGUACUCAUGACCAUUGUCGCGGUUUCAACUCAAGCUACCGGUAGAUACUGUGAAGAAUCGCUCAGUCCUGCUUUUGCGUAUAUCUGGGUUCUAGUCAUUGAGUCUGUCAGUGUGUCCAUUGCGAUGUACUGUCUAAUUCAGUUCUACAUCCAGAUCAAGGAUGACAUCAAGGAACACAAUCCCUUCUUGAAAAUCCUCUCGAUCAAGCUUGUUAUCUUCUUGUCUUUCUGGCAAUCGGAAAUGAUUAGUUUACUUAUGUCUAGUGGCGCUGUCAAAGCAUCUUCGAAGAUCAAUUCGAUAGAUCUCAAGUACAGUCUACCAGAGUUGUUGAUCAACAUUGAAAUGUUCAUCUUCGCCAUCUUGCAUUUGUGGGCUUUCCCAAAGAAACCCUAUGUCAUUGCCAGCCAGGGAGCCGAGGUGACCGAUUUCUACGGUGCAGGAAAGGAGUCUUACGGAGGAGGGAAGUGGGGCUUCGGGGCCCUAGGCGACGCAAUGAACCCACUCGACUUAAUAAAAGCAAUCGGGCGCAGUGCACGCUGGCUGGUUGUCGGCCGCAAGAACCGCACACUGGAUCCCAGUUACCACGCAUCCCCGGGCUCGAACGGCUCGAACGGCUCGAACGACAUCGGUCUGCAACCCCCGCAAUCAGGAGUCGUCCCACAGGGAACCGCCUACCAGGGCGCUGCAGCCAUGGCUGGUGGCCGAACGGGCCGCUACCCUGGCUCACCACCGGACGAAGAGGGCGCCGUGCUUCUUGCUCACGCCCAAGCAAAUCCGGAGGUCGGUCCUCACGGCACUUCGCCUUAUGCCUCGGACGCCGAGGAGUAUCUCGCUGGACAAUCCGGAAGCCGUUUCUAUGGCCAUGAUAGUUCCCCUUCGCCCUAUUUCCCGCCUGAGAUCCCGGACACGGUUUAUCACGGCAACGCUUAUGACCCCCACCCUGAAGUUUCGAACCCUUAUGCUACUAUGCCCAAUCCUUAUCCAGUCGAUGGCCCCCUUCGUGAGCAAAUCCCCAUGCCUAUCCCGGAUCCAUACCGACCUCCACCACCAUAUCCGGAAAGCCAUCAUGCACCAUAA